AAAUUCAUUGGUGUUGUUGGGCCUCCUGCUAACUUUGAUUUUUGGGUGAUAAUUAAGGGGCUUUGAGGAGCCGUUAGAAAGCACGUGGCCCUCGUCUGAUCUGGCAGCUCGUCCUCGUUUGGCCUCGGCUGCAUCAGAGCGCCACUUCUCCCCAGGUUCACCAGAGGAAACACCACUGCACACAAUGCUUUUCCUCCCAGCUGCUGCUCUGUGCUGUCUGUGUUCAGCACUGCUUACCAUGGCAGCACAGCUGAUUCAGGACCAGUUAUCUCAGACUGGGAGAGCUGGAGAAACAGUCUCCAUCAGCUGUGUGGGAACUGAUUUGUGUAGUAAGAAUUAUGUGCACUGGUACCAGAAGAAAGACUCAAAGACAUUUACAGUGAUUCUGACUGUGAACAUUAAUAAUGGAAAUAUUUAUUCAGAUUUAAACCAAAAUAUUUUCUCAGCUAUAAGAAAACAGAACAGCUGUGAGUUGAUAGUUGCAAAAAUUAGCCCAACUCAUUCAGCCUCAUAUUACUGCUCCUGUCAUAAAUCUGCUCCCCACAAGUUCAGAUUUGCUGUGAAUCAAAACAUUUUCUUUCCGUUAUGCAGACACACAUAUUUAAUCCCGCAGAGAUGUUGUGAUAUCUCAGAGUGCGCCUGCAGAGCAGACGCUGCGGAGCUGCUGCUGACUGUGUGUCUGUGCUGCUGUCACACUGCAGAUAAGCCGACGGUGAAGCCCGAGGUGACCGUUUACUCGGGAGCAUCCGAUGCCCAACGCGGGGGGAAGAGCGCCCUGCUGUGCCAGGCCUCGGGCAUGUUUCCUCCUCUGGUCCGGUUCUCCUGGAAAAGACAGAAGAAGAACGGCCCGCCGGAGGAGCUGCCCCCUGGAGAGCAGCUGGAAAUCAAAGAGUCGGGGCGCGUCACCGCCAUCAGGGUGCUCGAGCACGGUGAUAUCUACUCAUAUAAAUAUUACUGUUACGUCAAUCAUGAGGGAAACAUGGCGGAGGAAAAGCCAAGAGAAAUAGAGCUCCCUGAACCUCCUCCUCCACCUCCUCCUCCUCCACACUGGUUUAAGGAGCGGCUGCUGUGCCUGAUGUACACGCUGCUCAUAGGGAAGAGUCUGGUGUACUUCUGCGGACUCUCUCUGGUCUCCAUCGUGAGAAACAAGAAGCUUUCCGGCAGCAGUCCAGACUGACCGACUUUCCCGCAGCAGCUUCAAACUUAUGCCGCAGAUGCUCAAUGAAUUCAUGCUCAUAACAAGCCCGAACUGUCAGCAGCAACAACAAAGGGCACAGUUUGCAUUUCCCUUCAAAAUAAAUGUUUUACUGAAGAGAUUUUUAGAAUUUUCCUCAUGAAUGUGUUUAUCAUCAGAAGCUGCAGCUCAGAAAUAAUUACUCUGUUUAUGAUUGUUUACCUCUUUGUUUCUCUGUGCUGUUUUAUUUGUUACAUACACAUAAAGUCGUCAUAACACCAGAAUCAUAACAACACAAAAACAGACAUCAUAAAUAUCUGUUGUUGAUAAAUAUUUGUUUUUAAAAGCUCAAAAUAUAUAAAAUAAUGUAAUAAAAUAAUGUGAGAUAACAGGUCAC